AUGGAAACAAUACCCAAUCAAGACAAACAAUAUGACUACAAUGUCCAUUGCCCGGUUGGUAAUAGCGAUCGACCUUUAACAGAGAUCAUCGAACUGUGUGAAGAUGUAAUUAGUAUUGAUCCAGAUAAUAGUUUAAACAAAACCCUGCAGGAAAACUGUUCAUUACUUAAAACCCCAACAGAAGACCAACAAAGUGUUACAUUAAAAUCAACCCACUGUAAUGAAGCAGCGGAAUCAGGGUGUGAAAUUAAUACUAUUACUAAUCUGGCGAAUGGCGAAUCUCCCGAAACAUACCAAUCGAACGAAGAAUUGUCCCAUUCCAUGCCAGCGAAAACAGUUAAUUCAACUUUAAAAACGCAAUCAGAAAAACCGGGUCCCUCCAAACAGGUCAGGGCAAAAAGCAGUGAAUUAGUUUUCGGACAAACGCCAAAACAAAACACCGCAAAUAAGGUCAAAGGUCACAAGUCAAUCAAGUGUACAAAACGUUUAUCGAAAGAGAUAUAUUACGACAACAAUAUAUCUGGGCUAAUCGAUAAAAGUGAAAUAAAUUGCAACCCAGGGGUGCCUGUCAGACAUGCGGAGUGGGUGGGACGGCUACCUUUGAUUGAAUCUUCAUAUAAGUCUGCAUCGUUAAGAAAAUCUACGACUUUUAACGAUUUCCAGCGAUCGUGUAAGAGAAAUUUUCGGAAGAGUCGUUCAAACCACCGUCCCCGGGACUGGCAGAGGUACCUCGAAUUUGUUCGGAAAACGUUACAUCCUCGUGUGACUCGGCCUCCAAUUCGCCUACGAACAACAAAGUAAUUCCUAUUGUUAUGUCACAAUGUCGGACCAUAAGUCAUCGCAUUGCAAGUUACAAUAAUAUACGUAAACGAACUAGUAAUCCAUGCAACCUGGUAAAUGUCCCUGUAACUACUAGUAACCUGGAAAAUCACCGAGACUACUGCGCUGUUCCAUCUCUCUUUGUUACCAAUUUGAGAAACAGAAAAACAGUCCAUGCGUAUAAUAAUUUAAUCCCACUACAGGCUAGUGAGAACCACACUAGCAGAAAUGCGUGUAGUACCCCAUUAACCCCAAACGAUCAGAUAUCAGUUCCCUCUAGUCUCAACAUUGUUCACUUAAACAUUCGCUCGUUAAGAAAUAUCGUUCACCUUACUGAGGUCAAGGAACUAGUAAAGUUAAAUAAUAUCGAUGUCCUCACCAUUUCCGAAUCGUGGUUAAAUUCCUCAGUAACGAACCGUGAGAUUGCAAUCGACGAUUAUAAGAUCCACAGACUUGACCGGUUACACAAGAAAGGUGGAGGUGUCUGUGCUUAUAUCAAGAAGAAUAUUAAAGCAACUGUCUUAAAAGAUUUAUCGAAGGUGUCAGUCUCUAACUUCCAUCAACUAUGGAUAAAUCUACAAUGCCAAAAAAACAAAUCAAUAAUAAUUUGUGUAACCUACCGACCACCUGACACUUCUCUAAAUUGUUUCGAAGAUUUACUUAAGUCAAAUUAUGUUCAGGCUUUAACUUUGAAUAAACAGAUUUUAGUGCUCGGUGACUUAAGUUGUAACAUGCUAGAAAACGGCCAAGAGCGGAGAGCGCUAACAAAUUUUUCUACAGAAUUAAAUCUCACACAGAUUAUUAAAACUCCAACUAGAAUCACGGCGACGUCCCAAACGCUUAUUGAUGUUAUUCUAGUCUCAUCCACAGCACUUGUUCUUGAGAAUGGUGUUAUUAACACUUCUAUCAGUGACCACUUACCAGUGUACGUCCUACUAAAGUUAAAGGCCCCAAAGAUGCCAGCAUGUUACAGUACAACUAGGAGUUAUAAAAACUAUAAUCCCUCACUAUUUUCCUCUGACCUUGUCACUAAAUCGGAUCGUCUGUUAUCCAUAUUAUCCAACACCAACGUUAAUACAAUACUCGAAACCUUCAAAGAUGUUCUUCACUCAACUCUCGACGUGCAUGCACCGUUAAAAACCUUCAAAAUUCGAAAUCGAUCAUGUCCAUAUGUCACCAAUGAAAUAAAAGAACUCAUGAAGUCUCGGGACCUACACCUCCGUCGGUUUCAACUGACACGUCAUGAGGAAGGUGAUUGGGUAGUUUACAAAGAAUAUCGUAAUAACGUAAAAACCGAAAUUAAAGCCGCAGCGAAGGACCACACCUUCAACGAAGUAAGAGAACAUAAACACAAUUCGAGAUCCCUAUGGAAAAUAAUUAAUAAUAUAAUUCCUUCGAAGGAAAAGGAAACACAAGUUUAUAGCAAAGAUCCAAAAACAGUUGCAGAAGACUUCAACCUUUUUUUUACUUCUGUGGGACGGAACGCUGCUGCGACAGCCGAAAGUUUAGCCAAAGACAACAAUGUUGCACUGUCAAAUCCUCUGUCAAAUGUAAUCACUUAUCCAUCUGAUCAACUGUUCAAUUUCCAAUCCGUUACUUGUACAGAGGUUAAACGCAUUAUCAUGGCUAUGCCAAGUAAUAAGUCACCAGGACCAGAUAAAAUAGGCAUGCGUGUCAUCAAAGACUGUCUUCCAAUCAUACUGGGUCCUCUUACGCAUAUGAUAAAUUGCUCUCUAAUGACAAGCACAUUCCCUGACCUCUGA